GUCGUGUCCCGGAAGUGAAGGGGCCAUGUUGCUGGGUGACCCGGGGAGAGGUACCAGGCUAGAGGCGAAUCCCGAGGAGUGGUAGCGCGCGCGGUCCGCGGCUUGACGCCCAGCUGCUGCCAGUCCCCCAUGGCCCCAUGGAGCAGAGAGGCGGUGUUGAGUCUCUACCGGGCUCUGCUGCGCCAGGGCCGAGAGCUUCGCUACACUGAUCGGGACUUCUAUCUUGCCUCCAUCCGCCGUGAGUUCCGGAAAAAUCAGAAGCUAGAGGACCCUGAGGCCCGGGAGAGGCAGCUGGAAAAGGGCCUGGUCUUCCUCCACAGCAAAUUGGGGGGGAUUAUUUAGGAUCCUCUUCCUUCCUCUCCCACCCUAAUUCCAAGGGAAAGAGGGCAAAGGUGCCUUCUGUAGAUACUCCUGCUCUCUCCCACCCCCACCUCACAGAUGCAGUAAGAAGCUUCAGGUGAGCAAUGGCAGGCGCCGGUGAGCGCAAAGGCAAGAAGGAUGACAAUGGCAUCGGCACAGCCAUUGAUUUUGUGCUCUCCAAUGCCCGGCUGGUGCUGGGGGUGGGUGGAGCAGCCAUGCUGGGCAUCGCUACACUGGCGGUUAAGCGGAUGUACGAUAGGGCAAUCAGUGCCCCUACGAGCCCCACCCGCCUGAGCCAUUCAGGGAAAAGGAGCUGGGAAGAACCCAACUGGAUGGGCUCCCCCCGAUUGCUGAACAAGGACAUGAAGACAGGCCUGAGCCGUUCCUUGCAGACCCUGCCCACAGAUUCCUCUGCCUUCGACACAGAUACAUUCUGCCCACCCCAGACCAAGCCAUUGGCCAGGAAGGGCCAGGUAGACUUGAAGAAGUCACGACUCCGCAUGUCCCUGCAGGAGAAACUUCUUACUUAUUACCGGAACCGGGCCGCCAUCCCUGCUGGCGAGCAGGCUCGGGCCAAGCAAGCUGCUGUGGACAUAUGUGCUGAGCUCCGGGGCUUCCUGCGGGCCAAAUUGCCUGACAUGCCACUGCGGGACAUGUACCUGAGUGGCAGCCUCUAUGAUGACCUGCAGGUGGUGACAGCUGACCACAUCCAGCUCAUUGUGCCCCUUGUGCUGGAGCAGAACCUGUGGUCGUGUAUUCCUGGUGAGGACACUAUCAUGAAUGUCCCUGGCUUCUUCCUGGUUCGUCGUGAGAACCCAGAGUACUUUCCUCGUGGUAGUAGUUACUGGGACCGCUGUGUAGUAGGGGGCUACCUCUCCCCAAAGACAGUGGCAGACACAUUUGAGAAGGUAGUGGCUGGCUCCAUCAAUUGGCCGGCCAUAGGGUCCCUCUUGGACUAUGUGAUCCGACCAGCACCACCCCCAGAGGCCCUAACUCUGGAAGUUCAGUAUGAGCGUGACAAACAUCUUGUCAUUGACUUCUUGCCAUCAGUGACCCUUGGUGACACUGUCUUGGUGGCCAGACCACACCGACUAGCCCAGUAUGACAACCUUUGGCGGCUGAGCCUGCGUCCUGCUGAGACAGCACGCCUACGGGCUUUGGACCAGGCCGACUCGGGCUGCCGAUCUCUUUGCCUCAAGAUCCUCAAGGCCAUAUGCAAGUCCACUCCAGCUCUGGGCCACCUCACUGCCAGCCAGCUCACGAAUGUUAUCCUCCACUUGGCCCAGGAGGAGGCUGACUGGUCUCCAGAUAUGCUGGCCGAUCGAUUUCUGCAGGCCUUGAGGGGACUCAUCAGGUACCUAGAGGCCGGAGUCCUGCCCAGUGCCCUAAACCCCAAGGUGAACUUAUUUGCUGAGCUCACCGCUGAAGAAAUAGACGAAUUGGGAUACACUCUCUAUUGCUCAUUGUCUGAGCCAGAGGUGCUGCUGCAGACGUAGGGAAGGUGAAGGCCAAAAUGGGCGUUGGGCAUUCAGGCCGUGGAUUCUCCGUUAGAAACACUUGGCUGUAUAGUUGGUGCCUCACAGGGUCCCUAGGUGCCUCCUGUCUUGCUAUUCAUCGCCCUGGUCACUUCAUGCUGAUUAGAAUGACAUCUCUUAAUCUCCUAUUUUCUCAAACCCAACCCUUUCUAUUUUUGUUACCAAACACUGUGCUCCCUCCUCCUCUCACCCUUCUCCAGGCAAAUUUUUCUGGAAUGAAUUGAGAAGGUGGAGCACUGGCCUGAGCUGUUGAAACACUUGGUGUUCUGCAUGUGGCCCAGUAUUCUGCUCCUGUCUGCCCUGCCUUGCCCUUUGGCCUGUUUCUCUUCAGUGUUUUCUCUAGUUUUUCCUCUUGUUUGCGCCUUCUGUUUUGCUCCUUUCCCUGGAGUGUACUUGCCUAAUCAAGAUGUUGCCUUUAGUUGAAAGUCACUGAGGUUAUGAUUGCAUAUUUCCAAGCGGAACGCUGCAGAGAGUGCUCAGACUGUAUUUAGGGUUUCUGGGGGUAAAGUGGAAGAACUGGCCUUUGACCCAGGCUCCUGGAAGAGAAGCCCACUCCUCCGACCUCCUGACUAACUCAUAUCCAUAGUGCUGAGACAGUCUCUUAUGGGAACACUGUUAUUGACCCACACAGGAGUCCUGAGGGUUCAAGAUACACUGGAUGCAAAGUUAUUUGGAGAUUGUGUUUCUUAGUGGCCAUCAGUGACAGUGCAGAGUGGGGGAGCCAGAGGUGGUAAAGGGGCCUGGGAGAGGUUCUGUGUGCCCAGUGUCUAUGCCUCAUGUGGCUGGUCCAGACCAGUGGCACUGUGCAGGGGUCAGACAAGACAAAGGCGGGAAGGGGCUGCAAGGGCAGCGCCUUGGCGUGAGUGCUCUUGUUCACCCCCUUCCUGCCUCAUUGCCAGUUAGGAUGAGGCCUUCAAGAACACAGCCUUGGCUGUAGAGAGGCUGACAGGUGGCAGGACGUCAGCUGGAAGAUGCAGUCACCAGUUGGGGCUCAGUGACAAUGCUUCUCCCCCACCAGGCCCUGCCUUUCUAGGAUAUUGUCUUAGAGCAAGAACAGAUCCAACAGUCUGCUGUAGGAAUGUGAGAGGGCUGUUUGCUGAACUCUCCAGGCACCUCCAGAGGCCAAAGGGCAAGCAAACGUGCUCAGACCUCUUCCCCCCUCUCCCCCACCCCAGUCCUGUCUCUCACCCAGCACCUGGGGAGAUCGGUGCUACCUAGGAAGAGUGCACAUCAAUAAAACAUGAGACGAAGGUGGGGGCUUCCUAUGCUCCUUGUUUCCCGCUGCUAAAAUUGCACUAUUUAUUGCAAUUUAAAAAGUUUCCUAAGGGUGGGGAGGAAUGUUUAAUACACAGUGUCAGUGCAUCUUGUUUUUUGUUUCUUUUUUCCUGUUUGUGACAAGAACCUGAUAAUUCUGUUUCUGAUCUGCCCAUCCAGUAUUUUGUUCUCCCAUCAAGUGUUGCUAUUUUUUCCAUUCAUACUACCUCUCCAAUCAGUGAGAUUCUGGUGAAGCUCUGCAGCUGUCUCAUUCCUUCCCAAUGACAGCAACAUGAAUUGGCUCUAUAAAUAGCAUUGAAACCUCAGCUAACCUCUGAAUUUAGGCUAGAGAUUCCUGUUCCCUUUCUGUUAUAGAUUAAGAGGUUGAGAACUAGGGUUAACUUUUGCUAUAUUUGGAGAAUCUUCCUGCCAUAUAUAUAUAUAUAUAUAUAUGGUUCAGUUGUUUCAUUUGUAUGAAGGUAUUGGGAGAGAAUGAAAAAUAUAAACCCCAGAACCCUGAGAGGGAUUCUCCAGCCUGGCUGUUCAUCAGAAUCAAAUUGGAGGUUAAAAAUCUACAUGCCCGAGUGCUGCUCUGGGUGAGUGGCGUAGAGGGUAAUGGGUAGAGCCUGGCAUGGCAUCCAGGAUAGGGGUGGGCUGAGAAAGUGUUGCCACAGCAUCGGUUAUUAUUCAUUGAGAUAAAGGAUUUGGUUUCCCCAAUGUAUUCUAAAACAGUUUUCCCAAGCUGGUGUCUCCAACCAAAUUCCAUAUAAAACUUUGGAAGGAGAGCUCAAAAAAGAAAAGAUUUUAAAGAUCAAGUCCCAAAUUAUCAAGGCCAAGUGUAAUUGUGAUUUGAUUUUAUCUCCUCCUUUAAAGAGCAUCUUUCUAAGGGCACCUCUGCCUCUUAACUAUACUUCACAAAACCGAAAACCAUAACUUUGCCAUUUCAUAAGCAAGAAUCUCUUAGAAAUCUUCAGAACUAGAAGCAGUGGGAAUUCCCAGCUCUGGUCCUGGUGGUUUUGUUGACUGACUUGGCAAACCAUCAUAAAACAUAGAAGACAGUCAAGUACUUUGAGAUUCUUGGGUGGAAUAAAGCAACAUUCUGCCCCCCACCCCCUUUAAUCUUUGGGGAAAAGAUGUGGUGCCCUUCCCACCAUUCUGCCUUUCUACUCAUAACUCCCACCUUUCUGAAGUAAUAGCAUCUGGUCCUAGUUCUCCAUCUGGAAAUUUUUUUUACACCAUCUAGGUUAGCAAACUACACAGUUAGCCUAAUGCUUGAAAAAUAUACUCAUCAUCUUGAAAUGCUAAUCAAUUCCAAAAUGUAUUUUGGUUUUCCCUGUUGCCCCUUUUUAAAAAUGAGUUCAGGACAACAGUAUUUUUUAUACACUUGGUUAUGACUUUUUUUCAAAUAAAUAAUCAAAGCUCAUGUUUGGAAAAGCUGUGUUGAGGCCUACAGUCUUUCUUCCUGGGUCUCAGCCCCUGGUGGUCCACUGGUUGACACUCCAGAUUAGCUUAGCUUGCUCCCUUGCACUCCACUAAAGUUGAGAGCACAAAUGGUUUUGAUGAGGAAUCAGCCUCAGGAUCAAAAGGCCCAAGAGAGGCCCCAAGGGGUUUGUGUAAGUAGGGAUCCCUGCAUGUGUCCAGAGUCCUCUGCAGUUGUACAUCUUCCUUGAGACUAUGACCCUGGCUGAGAAUGUCUGUUGUUACAGGAUUUGUUAGAACUCUGCCCGUGCUGCUGAAGUUCCAGGCCAAAGAGACACCUAGGACUAGACCUGUGAGGCUGUAGCCCUUUUAGACACUGCUGAUUCUAAGUGGCCAAAGUACCAGGGAUGUGGGUUCUUGGGUUAAAUGUAUUCAGUGUUGUUUACCUUUUCAUUUUGAUCACCCUGUAGUCUAAAUUCUUGAUCUCAUGUCAAGUCCACAACUUGCCUUCCAAUCACUUGCCUGACCUUCAGUAGCAGUUGAUGUUUGGCUGGUAGAUUUGGAAUCAGUCACCAAUCUUUCUGUCCUGUCUUGGUUAGCUUCAUAUAGAAGCAGCUUAACCCGGAGACCCAGAAAACUGCUGUCCUUUUUCUCCUUAAAGGAGGAAAUAAAGCUGGGGAACGUGAUGUCCUUCCACAGCAUGGGAAGAAAUAAAAGUCUCUUUUCCAACA